AUGCGUCUCCAAACCCGGACUCUGUCCUGGACUAGAGUGGUCCCUAGAGCUCGGCAAACGCGAUGUAUUCAAAUUCGUGCCGCGCCCUCUGGCUCUUCGCCCGACAGCCUGCCCCUCGCAAGCACGCCUAGCUCUGUUGAAUCCCGAGAUGCGCGAUUCGAUGUUAUCGGUGCUCCAUACUCACUUCUUUCGGUCUCGCUUUCCGCGUCGCAAAACCUAUACACACGACGAGGAACAUUGGUUGGAUUGAGCGGCAAGGCAGAUAACGUUAUUUCGACCUUGAGCGUUCUAGAGCCCUUCCGCAGGGCAGUUGUCGGUGUGCCUUUCCUCUACCAGAAGGUCUCCUCCGCCACCCCCGUCACAGCCCUUGUCUCCGUUCGAUCACCCAAUACUUCGUUUGCCGUGGUGAACGUCAAUGGAUCUGUGGAUUGGAUGGUUGCCCAGAGACGGGCCUUGCUUGCAUGGACUGGCCGGUCUCUGUCUAUCAAGCCAACCAUCAACGCCAAUCUGAGCUUGUCCCAUUGGGGUAGCUCUGAGGUGACCGGCCGGGGUUUAAUAGCCCUGGUUGGUAACGGACAGAUUUACUCCGUCGAAUUGAAGGAGGGAGAGCAAUACAUUGCGCACCCCAGCAACAUCCUUGCUUACACCAUGUCCUCCAACCCUCCUCGCCCCUACCGCUUCAAAUCCACCACUCUCAGCUUCCAGAUCCCAGGACUGAAGCCUCUGCCACGACUCCUGCGGAAUGCGAAAUUCAUCCGCGACGUGUCCGAGUCCAAGGCAUACAAGAACACCAUGCAGUUCUUCCACAAGCUGCGCACCUGGUCCCGAAUGACAAUCUGGGGAGAUAGACUCUUCAUGCAAUUCGACGGCCCCACGACCAUCCUCGUGUCAUCCCGUGGACCUCGCAUCAACGACGUUCUAUCCGCGCAAGAAGUUAAUGAAAUCGCCAAUGUGCCUCGCGGACUCACCUCUGCCCCCGUCGAGGCGGAAGAGCUUGCGAGCAACAUGGCCGAGCUGACGCGCUCUGUCGAGCAACUGGAGCAGGACAUUCAAAGUACCAGCCAAAGCGUGGAGCAACUCCGCAAGGAUGGAAAGGAACCUGCCCGCGAAUAA